GAUUCCAGAAUUUGGGUGGAGCUUAAGCUUGGACCCAUAUGGAUCCACUGCACCUAAUUAUGUGGGGGCAUUUGAGCUCGGAACUGGAUACAUAUGGUCCGAGACAACUGUGGCUUAUGACUAGUACAUGAUACUAGUUUCAGCCACAUAGCCACAUUUCAUUCCUUCAAGAAUUGAAUAUCCAAACUGGAAGAAUCCAUGCUGCGUCAAACUACAUGAAAUAGUGUCAUAUUCGGGAAAUACGCGAGUGAAAGAGGCUUUAAGCCGUGUAUAAGCCAUCAUGGAAGGUCUCUUCGCACUCGGCUCCAACGGUUCCGGCCAGCUCGGGAUAGGCCACCAAGAGGACGUAUCAGUUCCGAAGCAAGUCGAAUUUGCGAAUGAAGUCCCCAAGGACCCCGUUGUGGCGAUCGCAGCAGGGGGAAACCACACAAUCUUAGUUACGGAACUAGGGAAGGCUUUCUGGGCCGGAGACCCUUCGAGCGGCGCCUGUGGGAUCGUGGAAGAUGCUAAGGAUACGAAAGCAUCGAGGUUUCAGGAACUAAUCCUCUCUACUUCUGAAAAUCUCGGCCCCGUUGCUCACGUUGCUUGCACAUGGGAUGCGUCUGUAUUCGUGGUUAGAGACGGCUGUAACAAAGCUACACAAGUGUAUGUAUGCGGGGUCCCUGACGUAGGAGCUACUGCUAUAAGUUCGGGAUCUGAUUUACGUCCGACUCUACUCAAAGACUUCCCCCCAUCCGGCACUGAGAUUCAAAAUCUAGCUGCAGGCUUUAGACAUAUUGUUGCUGUAUUGGACAAUGGAGAUGUCUAUGGUUGGGGUAACGGGCGCAAGGGCCAGCUUGGAGAUCUGGGCGACGCAACUGAUUCCAAGGGUGUAGUACGCCACCCGCAUAAACUUGGCGGUACUCCCUUCAAGGUGGCUAAGGCCGUCUGUUGUCAAUAUACAACUUGUCUCAUCAGCGAGCCUGGUGAUGGCCGGAUACUUGUGCUGGGGGCAGACAAAUGGGAACUGAAAAGUGCCGCUCCUGCUGAAAUACCCGAUUGGAAUAUGAUCAGUGCAAGCUGGGGAGGCAUUUAUAUUUUACAGCGAAAUGGUACGGUAAUCGCAUGGGGUCGAAAUGAUCACGGACAGUUGCCACCUCCGGGAUUACCAAAACUGGACCGCAUCGUUGCUGGCAGCGAGCAUAUUCUCACAGUGACUGAAGAUGGAGACGUAUUAUCGUGGGGUUGGGGAGAGCAUGGAAAUUGCGGACCACAAACCGAGAAAUUUGGCGAUGUCAAAGGGCGAUGGAACGUGCUCGCGUCAUUGAAACAUUUACCAGAGGGAUCUCAGAUUACGACCAUCGGAGCUGGGUGUGCUACAAGUUGGAUUAAUAUCACAGCAGAUGGGUUAUUUCUUUAAUUUACUAACUUCUAUGGUUAGACUUCUGGUACAUGUUCGUACCAGGUAGAUAGCUAGAGCUUCGACAUCAAAACUCUAGCCGCGACGAGCAUAAAAGUGAUGCUAUCUUGCAGGCCUCUAAUCGUCGAAAAGUCCG